UUAGGGCGGCGCCAUUUAAAACUGGAGCUCGAUGCAUUCGCCAGCCAGCGCGAGCAGAUCUCUCCCUCCCAUUUCAAAUACCCUCUCGAGUCUCGAUCUGGACCCUUCUUCCACCUUCCGUCCACCGUCUCCGAUUCAAUGGCCGUGCCCCAGAGCUCCCCUGCCGACGGAAGCCUCGCUGCUGGAGAACACAACCGGCCGGCCGAGGCGUCUGCGGCCUCACCCGACCCUCCCUCCGACCGCGUGGACAAUCCCGAAAAGGGGAAGACUUGCCACCAGUGCCGACAGAAGAGGACGGAAUUCUCAGCGCCGUGCAGGGAGAUUCGGAGGGGUAAACCUUGCCCCAUAAAGUAUUGUCAUAAAUGCCUCGUCAAUAGGUACGGGGAGAAACCUGAAGAUGUUUCUUCGCUGGACAGUUGGAUUUGCCCCAAGUGCCGUGGCGAUUGCAACUGUAGCUGUUGCAUGAAAAAGAAGGGUCAACGACCAACAGGAAUAUUGAUCCACAAAGCAAAGGCUAUUGGAUUUGCUUCAGUCCAUGAAUUGCUAUUUAAGCAGGGACCUGAUGGUCUAAAUGCUCCAAAUGGAUCAAGUAGUUCAAAAACAGGACCCCCUGAGAAGUCGUCGAUGACUCAUAAAAGGAGCCAUGAAGAAGAGAAUUGCCUUAUUGAACUAAGGGAUCCUGAAUCUUUUAGUUCUGAUGAUAAAAACAUUGAAUCAUCUGCACAAAAGGAGAAGAAAAGAACAUCAAAGAAAAAAAGGCACAAAGAGUCUGUCUCUAUGGAUAAUUCUGAUGGUAAAGCAGAGAUUAUGAUUCCUCAGGGUCAAUUUUUAACAGAGGUUGCAGGGUCUGAAUGGGCGGUUGAGGAUGUUGGAGCAGCUUUGCAGUUUUUGGAAUUCUGCAACGCCUUCUCAGAGGUACUUGAUAUAAACAAAGGCGAACCUGAAAGUGUUCUUCACGAACUUGCAAGAGGAUCUGUUGGGCGCAGAGGACAAUAUUCCUCUACAGCAAAGUUCCAUGUGAAAUUACUGUCAUUUAUACAAAAUUGCAAGGGUGAUAGGUCUGUCUCAAAUUCAACAAUGAAUGAAGACAAAUGGUUGCAAUUAGUUAUCGAAUGUUUAAAUGAAUCUGACUGUGACUGGAAGACCACUCUAGAGGCUCUGGAUGAGGUUUCUUUGGAAUAUGAUAGUUGGAUUCCAUCGGAUAAGCUCAGACUCUUGAAUCUUCUUUGUGAUAGGACGCUAGAGACCAAGGAAUUGCGGGAUUGGAUUGAUGUAGAGAAUCAAAAAUACAUUGAAAGGAAAAAGGAGGCCAAAGGAACAAUUGUUUCAGCUAAAAAGAAGGAAAAGGAUUUAACGAAAAAACUGAAGGAUGAAAUGGCCAAAGCAACACUUUCUUUGGAUGCGCCUUUUUCUAUUGAGGACCAUGAAAAUCUUAUGUCACAGAUAAGAGCUGAGAGAGAGAAAGCACACGCUGAGAAGCAAGAGAUAAUGGAACAAUUGCCCAAAAAUUUAGAUAGCAUAUGUCGACAUGCUGUCCGGACAGACUCUAUAUAUUUGGAAGGAGAGGGACAUGUGUAUUGGAAACUGGGAAGCUAUUAUGGUGGCUUCAAAAUCUUACACCAAGUUUUACGAAGCUGGGACUCGGUGAUACUCGAGGAUAAAUGGUACGCAUAUGGAGAAGACGAAGGGAAAUCAAUUGAGAGAGAUAUUUCCUCCUUACGGAAGAAGAAAGCGAAAAGGUCACUGAGGCAAAAAUCAAUGCAAUCGAAUCGUUCUGGCGAUAAUUCAUCCAACGAUCCACCUUCAAGUUGCCCGGUCAUGGAGGGUUAUGAAGGUGCAAGCGGAACCGGGAAUUCCGGUACCAAGUGAGAGACGCUAAGCAGUCGACUGAUGCAACGAUUGGAUUCAGCAACCAAUCGAGAGGUGAACAAAUUUGAUCCUUAAACUGAUACCGGGAACAUUCGAUUCUUGUUAUUAUAUAUUUCUCAUCGAAAGCCUGCUCUUCUUAUUCUUUGCCAUUGUUUGAACAAGUUGUCAGGCGAUUUCUUUCUCAUUGUCAUAGAAAAAAGGAUCAACUGAUCCUUAAAGUUAUUUUCAUAGCACAAUUUUGAUCUCAAGGAUAUUCGUUUGAUUUGGAAUUUGAACUUUAGUAUUGUUAUUA